AAAAAACAGCAGAGGGCAGGAUUGCUAAAAUCUUGUCGAAUUUUUAUUUUUUAGACGACCUGUAAACAUGGGUGCUGAAGACUGUCCUGAUAAUAAUAUUUUUAGGGCAUUUGUUGGUGCUCUUUACAACACCGUAGAUGCUCCAGUAACAUGGUUCCGAGAGAAGGUCGUCGAAAAAAACCAGCAGAAAUACCCGUGGUACCACAGGCAGUACCGCCGCGUUCCCACCAUCGAUCAGUGCUACACAGACGACCCAGUUUGUGACUUUGAAGCUAAUUCCCAGUUCAAACGUGAUAGGGCUGUUGAUUCAGAAAUAUUGAACAUCUUGCGUAACCGAUAUGAAGACUGCAUGAUGUAUGAAUCGCCAGAUCACCUGACUGUCUGCAAGUCUCUUUGGGAUAAAUACAAAGAUGCUGAGGAGUCCUGGUUCAUCAAAUAUGGUGAUCUUGGAGCAUAUGCUGAUGCAAAGAAAUGCUACAUGAAACAAAAACACCGCAUGAUCUGGGAGAGACGUAACGGUAACCUGUCUGAACAAACUAAGUUCUAAUCGCCAUCCGAGGAUAUUGUCUUGGCUAUUAACUUCUUAUAAAUAAGUAGAUAUGUUAUUGUGAUUGCAAUAAAGCAAAUUAUUACUAGUAAAA